UAAGCCCUUUAGGUCCAACGCUUUAAAUCUCACCCUGUAGUCCUCACUCCUUUGGUUUCUCAUUUCGUAGAGUCGUAGCGGCAGCUCCGCCGUUGGUCCACCGCCUACUCCUCCUCGCGCCGCCGCACUUCGGUGACGACGGAAGACACGUCGAAUUGGUCCUCCGUGGAAUAGUCCUCGUUUCCCCGUUUGGAAUAAUUUCCAUCACUUUUCGUUGCUUUCGUUUUGUUCGAGGUUGGGAGGAGAAAAUGAAGCAAGUAGUAGGAAUGGUGGUUUCCAAUAAGAUGCAGAAAUCAGUUGUGGUGGCAGUGGAUAGACUUUUCUAUCACAAAGUCUAUGAUCGUUAUGUCAAGCGCACCUCUAAAUUCAUGGCUCACGAUGAGAACAACCUCUGUAACAUUGGUGACAAAGUUCGACUGGAUCCUUCUAGGCCUUUGAGCAAGCAUAAACAUUGGGUUGUUGCUGAAAUUCUUAAGAAGGCACAGAUAUACGUUCCACCCUCCACCCCUGUGUCUGUUAAUGUCAACUCCAGCUCUGUAGCACCAGCUUCAUAAAUUUGUUCAAGGGUCUGAAUGUAUGAACUUAAUUCUCAUUUUGAAUGCAUCCCAUCAGGAUUGUUUUCUGUUAGGUAUUUAUAUUAUUCCCCAUACUCGUGGAAAAGGUUACACUGUUAUGGACAUGUUUUCUGUUUUCGGCAUCACAUGUUUCUACAGAUUUCCUGUUUCCUUGUUGUCCUUAUUUUUUGUACUAUUCUUACUUUACUCAUUUCUUAUUAUCUAGUUUGUCAUA